CUGGCCUGGCGGAAGGCGCCGGCGGCCGCGCGAGUGCCUGGGACGCGCCGGGCUCCGCGCUGGCUCCCCGCGCUCCGCGGCGGGCUGAGUGCAGAGCCGGGAAGUUGGGAGGACCUGGUGCAUGGCUGCUUCCUAAUCCUGAAACCCAGAGGAAACAUCCCUAGGACUGUGGGGAGUGAGCCAGGCAAGCCGAAGGCAGCCUCAGCACCAUCCUUGCCUGCCUCCCCUGUGGGGGCCAGGAUGCUGAAGAAGCAGUCUGCAGGGCUUGUGCUGUGGGGCGCCAUCCUCUUUGUGGCCUGGAACGCCCUGCUGCUCCUCUUCUUCUGGACACGCCCAUCACCCAGCAGGCUGCCCUCAGAUGGCGCUCUUGAUGAUGACCCCGCUGGUCUUACCCGCGAGGUGAUCCGCCUGGCCCAGGACGCCGAGGUGGAGUUGGAGCGGCAGCGGGGGCUGUUGCAGCAGAUCAGGGAGCACCAUGCUCGGUGGAGCCAGAGGUGGAGGGUGCCCACUGCAGCCCCACCCGUCCCACCACGUGUGCCUGUCACCUCCCUGCCAGCUGUGAUCCCCAUCCUGGUUAUUGCCUGUGACCGCAGCACUGUCCGGCGCUGCCUGGACAAGCUACUGCACUAUCGGCCCUCAGCGGAGCACUUCCCCAUCAUUGUCAGCCAGGACUGUGGACACGAGGAGACAGCCCAGGUCAUUGCCUCCUACGGCAGCGCAGUCACUCACAUCCAGCAGCCCGACCUGAGCAGCAUCGCUGUGCCACCCGACCACCGCAAGUUCCAGGGCUACUACAAGAUCGCACGGCACUACCGCUGGGCGCUGGGCCAGGUCUUCCACAGGUUCAAGUUCCCUGCAGCUGUGGUGGUGGAGGAUGAUCUAGAGGUGGCACCAGACUUCUUUGAGUACUUCCAGGCCACGUACCCGCUGCUGAGGGCCGACCCCUCCCUCUGGUGUGUGUCUGCCUGGAAUGACAAUGGCAAGGAGCAGAUGGUGGACUCCAGCAAGCCCGAGCUGCUCUACCGCACAGACUUUUUCCCUGGCCUGGGCUGGCUGCUGUUGGCUGAGCUCUGGGCUGAGCUGGAGCCCAAGUGGCCCAAGGCCUUCUGGGAUGACUGGAUGCGCCGGCCUGAGCAGCGGCAAGGCCGGGCUUGUGUGCGGCCUGAAAUCUCCAGAACGAUGACCUUUGGCCGCAAGGGUGUGAGCCACGGGCAGUUUUUUGACCAGCACCUCAAGUUCAUCAAGCUCAACCAGCACUUUGUACCCUUCACCCAGCUAGACCUGUCCUACCUGCGGCAGGAGGCCUAUGACAGGGAUUUCCUUGCCCGUGUCUAUGGCGCUCCCCUGCUGCAGGUGGAGAAAGUGAGGACCAGUGAGCGAAACGAGCUGGGGGAGGUGCGGGUGCAGUACACUGGCAGGGACAGCUUCAAGGCCUUCGCCAAGGCCCUGGGAGUCAUGGACGACCUCAAGUCCGGCGUCCCGAGGGCUGGCUACCGGGGCAUCGUCAGCUUCCUGUUCCGGGGCCGCCGAGUCCACUUGGCCCCCCCACAGACCUGGGACGGCUAUGAUCCCAGCUGGAAUUAGCACCUGCCCGUCCUUCCUGGGCCCUUCCCUUGCCAUAUCACAGACUGAGGCAGGACUGCAGUCCCUGGCUGCAUUGUCCUCUCUGUGUUUCUCUCUUGGGUCCAUUUAUCUUCUUUUUUGUUGCUGUUGUUCAAAUGGCAUUCGAGUGCACAGAUGAUAAGGUGAGGGUUAUUCUCCCGUUCUCAAGGGGGUCAGAUUAGGGGAACCUUUCUAAGGUAUGUUGGGAAGUAUUAAGCAGGAAACGUCCACAUUCCAGGUUUUCUCCUAGGACAUCUGCAGAUAGGUUGGCAACUUGAGCUCUCUUGACCAGGCCUCUUUUCCCUAUCCUGGCUCUUCCAGCCAAGGGUUGAGCCCUCUUACUGUACCUGACCCCUUCCCCCAGUUGGAGUGGGACUGGGUUAUAUGAGAGGGGGACAUAUUUGUGGCCAAAAUGACACUAACCAAAGGGAUUUCAUCGUCAGGGUCUGGGUGGAGCUGUUAGGUUGUCAGGGUUUACUGCCUCCCUCCUUUUUCUCUUCUUCCUCUCUCCUCAUCCCUGACUCAUCUGAGCUCUUCUUUCCCUGCAUUCUAGCAGUUUGUGAUUAUAAGAUGAAAAGUUGAAGGGGAGAAGCAAGACCUCUCCUCAGCUCGUCCCCGGCAGUGGGAGGAAAGCCUUGGUGUGCUGGGGCACACCUCCCUUAUUCUGCCGCCAAGCAACAGACUUUGUCUCUGGAUUCCAUCCUUUCUAAAAACUGAUCCCUUCCCUAUCGCUCUAGGAGGGUUCAUGCUGACUUGGGGAAAGAGAGAUUAGCUCCUUGUGCCCCUUUUCCCCUGGGGUUUGGUGCACAGGCUCCUGCCUAAGGCCCGUGGCUUCUGGCAGCCCUGUCGACAUGAGGUAGAGCAGCCAAGACAGGAUGGCCCUGGCUCCCCUCGCCUCUCA